UCAAAAAGUAACCAGGUACGGUUUCCGAUUAAAAUAAAAAAUCUAGAUAUUGAGAUCUACUUUCGGAAUUUUCUAUCGUAGAAGUUGUAUCUAAUGGUGCUUCUAUUUCAUGAUGAAUUAAGAGUAAAGACUCAAACAGUACCUACAUAUUCAAAUAUCAAAGUUAUAGUAUUUAUAGUUUCAAAUUAUGAGCUUCACGAAAUUUUCAAUAUGGGGUUUUAAAAAUAUUAAUAAAUUUUAUUAAACGCACAAUGCCGAAUGAGUCCGAUAUCAUUUUUAAGUACCAAUACAAUGUGAUAAAGAGAAACUAUAAAGAGCGUCUUCCAACCAUUUUUCGGCCAUAAUUACUCACUAAUUAUCACGAUCAGUGGUCCAGCGAAAUGGCAAAGAAAUUACAUUAUUUCGACAUAAAUGGCAUUGCAGAGUCCAUAAGAUAUAUCUUGCACUAUGGGAAAGAAAAGUUCGAAGAUGUCCGGUACGAGCAUAAGAACUGGCCUAUGAAAGAUUUGAAAGAAUCUUUGCCAUAUGGCCAAUUACCAUUAUACGAAGAGGGUAACCGUACAAUCAACCAGUCGCUAGCAAUCGCUCGCUACGUGGCUACUAAAAUCAACUUGGUACCCUCUGAUCCUUGGGAGCAAGCUUUGUUGGAUGCUGUAGUCUACAGCAUUUACGAUUUCUGGCAAAAGGUAUUAGCUUAUAUCAAGGAAACAGAUUUAACCAGGAAGCAAGCCCUUAAAAAGGAAAUAUUGGAAGAGACCGUCGACUAUUUCUUCUCUAGAUUCGAAAAAGAAUUGCAGAAGAACAAUGGAUUCUUUGGUGGAAAGUUAACCUGGGCAGACUUCAUAUUCGUGGGAAUUGUGGAAGCUACUAACUUAUUCCUGGGUGAAGAGAUCGAAAGAAAGUAUCCUCAUACUGCGGCCCUUUUGAAGAAGAUCAGAUCCUUGCCUGGAGUGAAGGAGUACAUCGCUAGUAGGAAACCUUACAAGUUCGAACUGUAAAACUAAGAUAAAUUAUUUCUUGAAUACAAUUUUAACAAUCGA